AUGUCAAGUCUACAGAUGUGUCAUGUGGAUUUGGAGCAAGGGAGUCACCAGCGUUCUGUGAGUGGCAGUGACAUGAGCAUGUGCUUUUCUGAUGCUGAUAAUGGUUCAUGCUACUCCCAUUUCUACUCAACAAAUGGUGACCCUUAUGAUGAUUACACCUUUUCUUGUGUUUCUGAUGCUGAGGAUGGGGGUGCUGCUGAUUCCAGGAGGACUUCUUCUGUUACAGAUUGUUCAGUAGAACUGGAAAUUGAAGGUGGGGUUUCUGAAAUUAAGGUGCAUUUGGCCAAAGUGGAGAGGGAUUGCAGGAUUUGUCAUCUUGGUUUGGAGAGUGAUAGUCAAGAAUCUGGAGUUCCCAUUGAAUUGGGAUGUUCUUGUAAGGAUGAUUUGGGUGCUGCUCACAAGAACUGUGCUGAGGCUUGGUUCAAGAUUAAGGGGAAUAGGUGA